AUGAAUGUGGAGCCCGAGGGCACGAGCGCGCUGCCGGCGGCCAGCCGCGCGCUCUUCCUGGACAAGGUGCGCGCGAGCAACGCCGCCUGCCAGGCGGGCGACUACGCGACGGCCGUGGCGCUGUACAGCGACGCGCUGCAGCUCGACCCCAGCAACCACAUCCUGCACUCGAACCGCUCGGCGGCGCUCGUCAAGAUGGGCCACUUCGCCAACGCGCUGCAGGACGCCGUGCGCGCGCGCGAGCUCAACCCGCAGUGGCCCAAGGUGCGGCCGAGCGCUCCCCCAGUAACUAUGCCCGCGGCCGCGCCCGACCCACCCCGGCCCCGCCCCUCCACGCCCCCGCGGAAGGCGUACUACCGGCAGGGCGUGGCGCUGCAGUGCCUGGGGCGGCACGGCGACGCGCUGGCGGCGUUCAGCUCGGGGCUGGCGCAGGACUGCAAGUCGACGCAGCUGCUGGCCGGGCUGGUGGAGGCGUCCAUGAAGAGCCCGCUGCGCGCCACCCUGGAGCCCACCUUCCGCCAGCUGCAGGCCAUGAAGCUGGACCGCUCGCCCUUCGUGCUCAUCUCGGUGGUGGGCCAGGAGCUGCUGGCGGCCGGCCAGUACGCCGCCGCCGUCGUCGUGCUGGAGGCCGCCCUCCGCAUCGGCACCUGCAGCCUCAAGCUCCGCGGGUCGGUCUUCUCCGCACUCUCUUCGGCCUACUGGGCGCUCAACUCGCUCGACAAGGCCAUCAGUUAUAUGCAACAAGACUUAGCUGUAGCCAAGACACUGGGAGACAUAGCAGGAGAAUGUCGCGCUCAUGGAAACCUUGGCUCAGCGUACUUCAGCAAAGGAAGUUACAAAGAGGCACUGACGUCUCAUCGCUACCAGUUAGUUCUUGCAAUGAAAUGCAAGGAUACCCAAGCAGCUGCAGCUGCUCUGACUUCCCUAGGUCAUGUAUAUACAGCAAUAGGAGACUAUCCCAAUGCAUUGGCUUCUCACAAACAAUGUGUUCAGCUCGUGAAGCAGAUGGGAGAUCGUCUGCAAGAGGCUAGGGAAAUUGGAAAUGUGGGUGCAGUCUACCUUGCAAUGGGAGAAUUCGAAAGCGCAGUAGACUGCCAUACACAACAUUUAAGACUGGCAAGGAGGCUUGGAAACCAGGUUGAAGAAGCUCGAGCUUACAGUAAUUUAGGAUCAUCUCAUCAUUACCGACGCAACUUUGCUCAAGCCAUAGCUUUCCAUGAAAAUGUAUUAAGGAUAGCACAGGAACUCGGAGACCGUGCAGUGGAGGCAAGAGCUUAUGCAGGGCUGGGACAUGCUGCUCGUUGUGCAGGAGAUUAUGCACAGGCAAAGCGCUGGCAUGAACGGCAACUGGACAUGGCAUUGGCCACUCGUGAUAAAGUUGGAGAGGGUCGUGCAUGUUCCAAUCUUGGGAUAGUAUAUCAGCUGCUGGGAGAACAUGAUGCUGCGCUCAAGCUCCAUCAAGCUCAUUUAGGAAUAGCACGACAACUUGGUGAUCGCGCCGGCAUGGGGAGAGCUUAUGGUAACAUAGGAAAUGCCUACUCUGCAAUGGGCUACUAUGAGCAGGCAAUUAAAUACCAUAAACAAGAACUUACAAUCUCCAAAGAAGUUAAUGACCGAAGUUCAGAAGCAAGCACUCAUGGAAAUUUGGCUGUAGCAUAUCAAGCAUUGGGUGCUCACGAAAUGGCCCUUCUACAUUAUCGAGCUCAUUUAGCUACUGCACGAGAACUCAAAGACACAGCUGGUGAAGCUUGUGCACUUCUAAAUUUAGGGAAUUGCCUUUCUAGCAGGGCAGAAUUUGACCAGGCUGUCCCCUUCUAUGAAAACUACCUCAUGCUCUCACAGGAGCUCCAUGAUGUAGAAGGUGAAGCAAAAGCAUGUCAUUUUCUUGGCUAUGCUCAUUAUUGCCUGGGCAACUUUAGGGAAGCUGUGAGGUAUUAUGACCAGGAUCUAGCUCUGGCAAAAGACCUGCAAGACAAAAUGAGCAUGGGACGAGCCUACUGCAAUCUGGGUCUGGCACAUCUAGCGCUUGGCAAUCUGGACACUGCUCUGGAAUGUCAAAAGUACUUUCUAGCAAUAGCUCACAUGAUGAAGCAUCUUCCCAGCAAGUUUCGAGCAUUGGGUAAUAUUGGAGAUGUAUUAAUCAAGACAGGAGAUGUGCCAGAAGCAGUGAAGAUGUACCAGAGGCAAUUGCAGUUGGCACGGCAGAGCCGUGACCGAGCACUUGAGGCAGCUGCAUAUGGUGCUCUUGGAUUGGGCCAUCGACUGCUCCGAUGCUUUGACAAGGCCUUAGGUUACCACACACAGGAGCUGACACUGAGGCAAGAGAUGAGUGACCUGAAAGGUGAGUGUAGAGCCCAUGGUCAUCUGGGAGCAGUACACAUGUCCCUGGGCAACUACACCAAUGCCAUGAAGUGUUAUCAGGAACAGCUGGAGAGGGCUAAAGAGCUCAAAGACAGUGCAGUAGAAGCCCAAGCCUUCGGAAACCUAGGUAUCGCAAGGUUAAAUAUGGGACACUACGAAGAUGCAAUAGGAUAUUUUGAACAACAAUUAGCCACUUUGGAACAAUUAUCAACUCCUACAGCUUUAUUAGACAAGGGUCGUGCAUUUGGAAACCUGGGAGACUGCUAUGAUGCCCUAGGUGAUUUAGAGGAAGCUGUAAAAUGUCAUGAGCAACAUCUUAGCCUUGGUCUGAAGCUCAAAUCUGCCAGAGAUCAAGAGCGAGCAUAUCGUGGCUUGGGCCAUGCACAUCGUUGCCUUGGGGACUUACAGCAAGCACUUGUGUGCUUUGAGAAGCGGCUUGUGGCAGCACAUGAACUUGACAGUCCUGAAGCUCGUGCUCAAGCAUAUGGAGAACUUGGCCAUGUGCACAGUCUGUUGGGUAAUUGUGAACAGGCAAUUUCCUGUCUUGAACAUCAACUAGCCAUUGCAAGGGAACUGAAAGACAAAGUGGCAGAAGCGGAUGCAGCUUGUGGAUUAGGGGCAGUUUACCAACAAAUGGGAGAAUUUUCUACUGCACUUCGCUACUCAUCAGCAGAUUGCCUACAGCAGAAAGAAUUGGGACUUGCUGCCUUACAAGGACGAGCUUGUGGUAACUUGGGAACUGUCCAUGAAUCCUUGGGCAAUUUCGACGAAGCAGAUUCGCUACCAAGAACACAUCUAAGUGUAGGCAGCUCAGACCAAUGA